AUGAUUCUGAGCCGGAACACCCUGAACACUGCCAGCUGGCACACCCUGAACAGCAGCACCACCACCAGCCGCCACGUAGCCUGGAGGUGGGUCCAGCAUGGAGGAGGUCACGGUUGGGACUGGCCUAACACCUUGAGCCACCGGCUGAACCGGGCGGCUCAUGGCCUGGUUAUACGCCUCCGUGUAGGCCUGCCCGGAAAGAGCCCCACGCAUGCGGCCCGCGGGCCGCCAGUUCAUCUCGGCCGCCAGAUUGUGGCCAUCGGCUCCAGAGAAUGGCUGGCUGCCCAUUUGGUCCCUUGGGGAUGUGAUGGUGCUGUAAGAGGGUCUCGUUGGCUCGAAAGACAUUUGAACGGCUCGAUUUGCAGCUGCAAUGAGAUGAGAAUGUUGGGUAGUGAUGGGUUGACGCAAAAAGGAAGCCUGAGAGGAGGACGGUUGUUGUACUUGAAUGCUGCAUCGAAGGAGACGAAGAAACUGGCAAGCCCUGACGUAUAUGCGCGACAGGUGCCGUCGAAUAAUUUGGAGAAACCUGCGAAACUGCUGGACGAUUAUUACUCCGUGCAGACGAUGGGUUCUGAACAGGAAGAGCCUGAAUACCAACCGUCAUUCGUGUUCCCGAAUUGGAACUGCAGCGCAUUUGGUGAAGGCGUCCCGUUAGGUGACAGCCCAGAGAUUGCGUUGAGAGCACCACCUUCACUAACUGCAGUCAAGACGUUUAGACUGCUUGGUCUCGCGUUAGACGGGACAUUCCCAAAAGUCGAGAGGAAAACCGCGGACCAAAAGUCAUCUUGGGCGCUGCUGCCUUGA